CUCCCUCCUCCUCCUCCUCGCACCGGAAGCGGCGGCCCGUUGCUAGGGUGAAAGGUCGAGGGCGCCCGCGGAGCAGCGAUGGAGGGCGGCAGCCAAGAGGUGGAACAAUUGCGGCAUGUGGAGAAGGAUGUUCUUAUCCCCAAAAUGGUACGGGAGAAGGCCAAAGAACUUUGUUCAGAUAAAGUGGAAGAUUUUACCAAGUGCUGCCAGGAAAAUGGAUUUUUUAUGGUUGUAAAAUGCCGACAAGAAAAUGCUGCACUAAAAGAAUGUCUAACUGGCCAUUAUAAAGAUUCGACUUUAUAUGAGGAAUGUAAACAAGAAUAUCUGAAAGAAAGAGAAGAAUACCAAAGAACUGGCAUUCCUUCUAAGAAAAGACAACAGAAAGUGCCGAGCAGCAUGUAGCUGAACACUGAGUCUCAAGUCCAUGCCACUUCACAAAAUCAAGAACUGACAGAGGGAACACAUCCACAAAACUCGCUAAUUGUAAGCUGGAUUGAUCCAUCAUUCGUCAUGUUUGAACUGCAGAUUUUUCUAAAUUUUGAAAUGGGACUUCCAGAUUUUAUGGAGUGCAGUGUGAAGAUCUUUCACAUUCACUUUGUUCUUUUGCACACAGACUGCCCUGAUAAUAGAAUUAAUAGUGUAAUUCUUUCAGUUAAAAGUCCAAAUGUAUUAAUCAGUGGAUUAUAUCUCAAAUAAUCUAAUCAGCUAUAAUUUUUUUUUGAAAUUCUGAAUUUGGAUGUAUCAGAUAAAUAUCGUUGGCUCUAUUUGCAUUGUAAGUUGAUACUAAGGCCAUUAUGAGUACAGAAGAUACACUUUGAGAAUAAACUGGCUUUUGCUUUUGUGUUUUUCCAGAACAGUUUUGAUUUUAGAGUUCUGUUUAACUUUCAAUUUUUUCUUCACUUACCUAAGUUUCAACAAAAGGUUCCAAGAUCCCCUGAAUUAGCCACACAUUGGUCACCAAUCACAGGAGAGUCAGCUUGUGAAUGUGCUUGCAAAACACCACAUUCAGAUCAAGUCAAUGCACAACGGAUCAGAGCAGCAACAAAUGAUUACCAAGUCUUCUUCUGACAUGCUAUUAUGAAUAGAAGACCCAGACUAAUGUUUUAAUAUAUUUGUUUUACCUGCCUAGUGAUAUCUGAGUGGGAGUAAAAGGUCAAUAAUGUGCAUGGCAGUUCAGGCCAAAGGCAGAUUACUGGAUGUAUACACAGGAUGUACAAAUAAAAUAAUCAAUGCAAUCCAA